AUGUUUGGUGGCGAUUCCGUUGUCUCUAAUGGCAGCAAAGAUGACAACGCUCGCGCACUCGUCCGCGCCCGUCGCGGCAGCUCAUCCAGCGACGACGGCCAACUCGAAACUCGCAAGAAGAAGUCUCACCGCGAGCGCGCCGCCUCAGGGACACACGACCGUGAGCGGGAGCGCAAAUCCAAGCGCAAGAGCAGUAACCCCGCUGAUGACCGGCCCUCACGCCGUCAGAAACAGAUCGACGAGCGUCAUCGCUCUGACUCUCGCUCCCCCAACCGUGACAGUCGCCAGGUGACUGUCUACUCCAAGUCAAAGGCGCUGACGCAUGGUGAAGCACACCUGCAGCGCGAGAUGGCCACGCAUUUCCUAUCUCUCGUGUCCAAGGAUAGUGAGCGCGGUUGCUCGGUGCAUAAGGCUCUGAAGAGAUUCCAUCGCGAUCUUUCGGAUGAGUAUGAUGCUAAUCGGGGCCUUGAUCAGGGCCGCAGUCGCGCGGAUCGUGAACGGAGGGAAGAUGACGAGAAGGAUCUUUGGCGCUCGCUUCGACUGAGACGGAAUGACCGGGGAGAGAUUGUUGUUUUCGUUUAG